AUGGCAGUUAUUCAUUUAACAUACGACAAUAUAUGGCCACCAAAGCAACAGAACAUAGAGAUAAAUUUUGGAAAGUAUCGCUUAAGUACCAUUUAUUUGCGGCUUACUCCUGAAAUAGCGAUUCAGUCAUUGGCUUCUGAAGAACUUGCAGAUAAAGAAAAAUCAACAACCGCAACUGCUCCUGAAAAAGCAGACAUAACAACACUAGAAACAGUAACAACAGUAACAGCAACAACUGAUCGAUAUACAAUUUUGAAAAUGAAAUAUCAAGAGUUACAACCAGUUGAAAGAAGUCGAAAUCUUACAGACUUCUUUAUAAAGUUGAGAAUAAAACUGAAAGAAAUUGAAUCGAAGUCCAUUGCACACUAUAGUAAACCGAAACUACCAUCGUAUACUCCAGUUCCAAACAGCGACGAUAUUGCACAUGCACAAUCACUUCCACUGUUUGGGAUGAGAGAAGAUCGACGCAUAUUAAUUUCAACGUCACCAACGACGCAUCAUCUUCUUAUGGAACAAUUACCAAAUCAAUAUGAAAUAUUGAAAUCAUCUAUAAGCCUCACAAUUGAUACAUUAAAGGAAACAAUUAAUCCUAAUGAAUUCAGUAUUAUAAAUCAAAGUCUUAGCUUUGAAUUUAGUUCGGCUGAUAAUUUAAAACAAGAAAUUGAAUUAUUCAAACAGAUAUUUAAUUUUGAUAAGCUAAAUGCUCUUUUAAUGAAAUUAGAUGAUAUGUCGAAGAAUAUUCAAAAGUCUCUUAAAUCCAGUCAAUCAUUUCAGCGAAUACUUCAUGAUUCAACAUAUGAUUUACAACGACUUGGUUCACUGAUACAAUUAACUGAAACUAAUGGGAAAAUAUCAGAUGAAAAAGUAAAUAAAAUUUAUACAAGUAAAAUGUUGACAUUGUUAAAAGAUGCAUUAGAAACAAUACAGUUUGAAUUAGACUAUGGAUCAAAAAUUUAUCGAAUAUUAUAUCAGGUUGAAUUACGUUUAAUGCAAAUGAUUGUUCAUUCUCUAGAUACACAAGAACAAUGCGAUUUGGCUAUUGAUUUGAUUGGAAAAAAACAAAAUUAUUUAAUAAAUCAAAAAGAACAGCAAUAUAUAGUUAACGAAAAAGAAAUGGAUAAUUACAAAACAGCUUUAGAUGAAACGAUAACAUUUAUUCAUGAUCAAAGAAAAACAUUACGUUCAUCACACCAACAAUCACAACCAAAAAUCAGACUAAAUGGUUUAGAUAAAAAAAUUAAUGUUAAAACUUUACUUCAGUCAACAGGAUCACCAUCAACGAGUAAAUUAAUUAUA